AUGUCUGCCUCAACUGCUACAGAAGCUACCGGUGCCUCCCAGGCCUCCACCGCACCCCAGACACAAGUUACCUUGGGUUCGAAGGUGAUUGCAAUUACCGGCGCGAACCGGGGCAUCGGUCUAGGAAUCGCAGAAUGUUGUCUGUCUAACGGCGCAGAAAGAGUUUACUCCAUUGAUAUCGGCGAGACAGGCGAAGAGUUUGUCGCACUCUCGGAGCGUUAUCCGGGAAGACUUCACGCAUUGAAUGCAAACGUGACGGAAGAAGAGACGAUCACCGCAGCUGUCGAGAAGAUUAUUGCAGAAGCAGGUGCAAUACACGGUAUGGUAGUAAAUGCGGGCCGCACACAUCAUAAGGCAGCCUUAGAUUUUACCAAGGAAGAGAUUGAGAACUUGUUCAAUGUCAAUCUCUUCGGGGCGUUUUACACCGCGCGGGCGGCUGCACGUGCCUUUAUUAAAUUGGGUAUCAAGGGUUCCAUUGUCUUUACAGCUUCGAUGGCUUCAUACCGCCCUAAUAAGAGAGUACCCUCCACCCCAUACGGUGCUUCAAAAGCGGGCAUUCGCAACAUGACCCAUACCCUAGCCAUGGAAUGGGCUCAAUACGGUAUUCGCGUGAAUAGUGUUUCUCCAGGUCUAGUAAAGACUGCUAUGACGUAUUGGGUGCCUCAGCAGCCGGACUGGGAGCAGCAGCUGAAGUACUAUGGCGGGUUCCCUAGGCUCGCGGAGGUACAGGAGCUCGGUGGUGCAUAUGUUUACCUCCUCAGCGAUGCGGCUAGCUAUACGACAUCCAUUGACAUCCCUGUGAAUGGUGUUAUUGGCAGUGAGUGA